AUGCUUGCGUUCUGGUCUUCUCGUUCUAUAUUCAGCAUCCAUCAACACUUUAAUUACUUCGAUUUGUUCUAUACGGAUUUCAUAAUGAAAUAUCCUAUCCCUAUUGCAGUACCACAGAGCAAGAUCAGUCGUACUUCCAGAAGGGCACACAUGGAGGCUUUCCAACAUUACGGAUGCCACAACAGUAUUAUCCACUCAUUGCUGCAUGGUGUAGACCUAAGAUUUGGUCCUCUCCUUUCCUAUCGACAUCCACCUUGGCAUCAAGCAUCGCUUUGA